AGCGGGGCAGGGCAGGACCGGACCCGACCCGACCCGGCCCGGCCCGGCCCGGCCCGGCCCAGAGGCACGAUGAGCGUGGCCGAGGUGGAAGGGCACAUCGCCCAGCGAUACCGGAUCCGCCGGCGGCUGGGGAAGGGGGCAUAUGGCAUCGUUUGGAAAGCCGUGGACCGCAGAACGGGAGAGACUGUGGCCAUCAAAAAGAUCUAUGAUGCUUUCAGAAACAGAACGGAUGCCCAGAGAACCUUCCGGGAAAUCAUGUUCCUGCAGGAGUUUGCAGACCACCCCAAUAUCAUCAAGCUCUUAGAUGUCAUCCGGGCAGAGAACGACAAGGACAUCUACCUUGUCUUUGAGACUAUGGAAACAGACCUGCAUGCCGUGAUCAAGAAGGGGACCUUGCUGAAAGACAUCCAUAAGUCUUACAUCCUGUACCAGCUGCUGAAAGCCUCCAAGUUCCUCCACUCGGGCAAUGUCAUUCACCGGGACCAGAAGCCCUCCAACGUGCUCCUGGAUGCGGCCUGCUCCGUGAAGCUCUGUGACUUCGGCCUGGCCCGCUCGCUGCGCCAACUGCACCGGGAGCCGGGCAGCCCGGCCCUGACCGAGUACGUGGCCACCCGCUGGUACCGGGCCCCCGAGAUCCUCCUGUCAUCCCCUCGGUACACGCCGGGCGUGGACAUGUGGAGCAUUGGCUGUAUCCUGGGGGAGAUGCUGCUGGGGAAACCGCUGUUCCCCGGGACGUCCACCAUCAACCAGCUGGAACACAUCCUCAGGGUCAUCCCGGUCCCUUCCCACCAGGACCUCCUGGCGAUCCAAUCCAAUUUCAGCGCUUCGGUCAUCAACCGCAUGUGCCCAAAGCAGCGCACGUCCUUGGACGCCAUCCUGCCUCCCUCCACGCCCCCGGAGGCCCUGGACCUGCUGAAGCGGCUGCUGGUGUUUAAUCCAGACAAGCGGCUGACGGCGGGCGAGGCCCUGCAGCACCCCUACGUGAAACGGUUCCACCGCCCGGCCAAGGAGCCCGUCCUAGACUCUGAUGUGAUGCUCCCCGUGGACGACGACGUACAGCUGUCUGUUGCCGAGUAUCGGAACAAGCUCUAUGAGAUGAUCCUGGAGAGGAAAGGGGUGCAGCGGACGCAGAAGCAGGAGGCCCAGCACGGAAGCCUCCCUGACGCGGGCCCGGCAGAGCCCAGAUCGCCCGGCCCCAAGGCCCCAGUGGGCCCUGGAGCCCCUCGUGGGGACCAGCGGGAGGCUCAGGCCCACCUUCUGAGGGCCGCUUCCCCGCCCGCUGCCGGGGCUCCCCUCGACCGGAGAGAGACGGCGGCCACACCCCGGGAACAGCCGUCCAGUACCCACCUGGCAGCAGCUAAGCCUUUCACCCAUCCCAGCACCCAGGACACCGCUGGCAGGGGCAUAAGGGGCCUCAGGACCAGGCACAACUCAGCGGCCCCUGUGCCCGGGCAGCAGAGAGGCACAUCUGCCACCGGGAGAGGGGGCAGGCCACCUGCCAACAAGAACUCGGCCACCAGCCAUCCCGCCCCCAGCCACGAUGCCCCGACCUGGGCAUCGAGAGGAGCAGAGAUGUGGGGGUUGUCGGCCCCCAGCCCUGCCCACCAAUCCCUGUCUACCCAGGCCCAGGCCGCCAUCAUCAACCAGCCCCUGACCCGGAAGGAUCCACCCCUGCUGGGCCCAGUGAUGGCAACAACCGCCCACCUGAACCCUCGACAGCCCGCGGAUCCUGACAGAGACACCCAGCCCGGCCCCAAGCCCAGUAGGAAAAUGUUUCAGGCCACGGUCCAUCGGGGGGCGAGUGGAGACCCCAAAGCCACCCUGGGCAGCUACUCCCAGGCCUACGGCACCAUCUGCCAAUCCGCUCUUCAGGGCCUUCCUCUUAGUCCCACUCUCGCCCCGUCGGCCGUGGCCGUGGGCACCGCGCAACCCUGAGCCCCAACACGUGCACGGGUUACCCCACACAUGCGCAUCCCCUCGUUCCCUCCCGGCUGCGUGCCCACAUCCGCCCACUCCCCCUCCACUAUGUUCCCAAAGUCUGCUCACACACACUGCCUCACACCUCCACACUUGUCCCCACAUGCACAACUUCCCCCGCCCCCCCAAACACACACUCCUCCUAUAUAACAUCUUUUCACCCGUGUCCACCCACCCAUCAGCCCCGUCCACGCUCACGGAGGCCAGCCGGAAGAGGGGAUGUGCCCCUCCCCGGGCCUCGUGGUCAGGGUCGGGGGCCCGGAGGAAACAGCUUUCCCAGACUUGUUCUGCCCCAGGCUCCGGGCUGGAGGCUUCUCCCUUGGUUGGCAUCUCCCACACUAGUCUGUGCCUCCUGUGGGCUUCACCUCAUUGCCACUCAGUUCUGGUCUGUCAGAAGCCCCUCAGUAAAAGCUUUCUCUCUUCUCAGCCCUGUCUCCCCCAGAGUCUCCCGUUCCAGCCCAUCGGCCCAUUCCCACCCUGUUCUGGACCUGCCAGACAAUAAAGGUUUUCUCUCUUCUCA